ACCUAUAAAUAAUUAGGUAAACAUUAUAUAGGUAAACUGUAAAUCGUACAAAAAUAUCCUGUAUAAAACAAAAAUCUCAGUUUAAUCCGUUUAAUCAUUAGUCCUUGUUAGGUUUAGUAUUCAAAUACAAUUUACCACGAUUAGUUAAAUGGCAAGUGAUAAACGAACGGUAUACGUUGGUGGCCUCUCGGAUGAGGUCACCGAGAAACUGAUAAACGACGCUUUCAUUCCGUUCGGUGAUUUAGUAGACAUCCAGAUGCCGGUGGACUACGAAUCGCAAAAGCAUCGUGGUUUUGCGUUCAUUGAGUUUGAAAGUGCUGAGGAUGCCGCCGCAGCGGUGGAUAACAUGAACGACUCCGAGCUGUGCGGGCGGACGAUCCGGGUAAAUAUUGCCAAACCUCAACGGAUCAAAGAAGGCAGCAAUAAGCCGGUUUGGGCCGAGGAUGCCUGGCUGCAGCAGCACGCUGGAGCAACACUCAACAAUCAGACCGAGGGCGACGAUAGUACCUCGGCUAACGAUGUCCAACCAAAGGAACCGAAAGCACCGGAGGAGAAAAAACGAAAUCCACAGGUGUACUUUGAUGUUCGAAUAGGCAGCAACGACGUUGGUCGUGUGAUUAUGUCCCUCCGAGCGGAUAUUGUUCCGAAAACCGCAGAAAACUUUCGAGCUCUGUGCACUGGCGAGCAAGGAUUUGGAUACAAAGGUUCCACUUUUCAUCGUAUAAUUCCGGAGUUUAUGUGCCAAGGAGGAGACUUUACUGCAAACAAUGGAACUGGCGGCAAAUCGAUUUACGGGAAAAAGUUUGCUGAUGAAAAUUUUAUACUAAAACAUACGGGUUUCGGAGUUCUUUCGAUGGCGAAUUCCGGUCCAAACACUAAUGGUUCGCAGUUUUUCAUCUGCACUGAAAAAACCGAUUGGCUAGACGGAAAACAUGUCGUUUUCGGGAAUGUUAUUAGUGGUGCAGAUGUGGUUCGGAAAAUGGAACGCUGUGGGUCCAAAGCAGGAAAGGUAAAUCAGAAAGUUAUGAUCGUUGCCUGUGGGGAGUUGAAGGGUUGAAAAAAUAAAUAAAUUCAGUUCGUAUUUUAGG